UUUAAUGAAAAAGUGGAGUUUGUAGUGCUUUAAUCUGGGUCCUGUUGAGGUCCUGUGACCUGGUGGGAUUGAACUGUCAUGCUGAAUAUGGAUGACAGUGUUGUAAAGGCUUCACGUCAGGAUAAGGUCGUAGAACAUCUACUUAGGAAUCCUCGCAAUAGAGACUCCAUAACACUGGAGCAGAACUGCUGUACGACGGCGUUCUGUACCAUUCUGAGGAGAUGCUUUACAAUUUUAAAGAAUAUUUUUAUGCAUUCAGCUGUUCUUUUUUCAUGGACUCCUGGUUUACAUGAACGUCAUACCUUUUUUUAAAACAUACUGCUUCUAAACUGCAGCGUGGCAAAUCUCUUCCAGCCUUAACAUCUCCACCUUGCGAAGACACUGGACGCUGCUUUCUUUACAACAAGGGAAAUCUGAAUUCCUCCAACGCUCAGGAUGGGGAAAGAUUACUAUUCUAUCCUGGGGAUUGAAAAAGGGGCUUCUGAUGAGGAUAUCAAAAAGGCUUACAGAAAACAAGCACUGAAAUGGCAUCCAGAUAAGAACAAAUCUCCCCAUGCAGAAGAAAAAUUCAAAGAGGUUGCAGAAGCUUACGAAGUGCUGAGUGAUCCCAAAAAGAGAGAUAUUUAUGAUCAGUUUGGGGAGGAAGGUCUUAAAGGAGGAGCUGGAGGAUCUGAUGGCCAGGGUGGUACCUUCCGGUACUCCUUCCAUGGAGACCCACAUGCUACAUUUGCAGCUUUCUUUGGUGGCACAAAUCCUUUUGAGAUCUUCUUUGGGAGGAGGAUGCCUGGUGGCAGAGACACUGAAGACAUGGAGGUGGAUGGUGAUCCAUUUGGAUCCUUCACUAGUUUUAGUAUGAAUGGUUUUCCAAGGGAAAGGAAUACAGUUGGCAGCCAAUUGCGACGUAAACAAGAUCCCCCUGUAAUCCAUGAACUUAAGGUGUCCCUGGAAGAGAUCUAUCAUGGCUGCACAAAAAGAAUGAGGAUUUCACGUAAAAGGCUUAACCCAGAUGGUAGAAGCGUCCGAACAGAGGACAAAAUCCUUACUAUUGAGAUAAAAAGAGGAUGGAAAGAAGGCACCAAGAUCACUUUUCCAAAAGAAGGCGAUGAAACACCCAACACGAUUCCAGCUGAUAUUGUUUUUAUCAUUAAAGAUAAACCUCACUCUCAUUUCAAGAGAGAUGGAUCAAAUAUUGUCUAUCCUGUUAAGAUCAACUUAAGGGAGGCUUUGUGUGGCAGCUCUUUCAAUGUGCCAACGAUAGAAGGAAGAACCAUACCCAUGACAGUCAAUGAAGUGGUAAAGCCUGGGAUGAGAAGAAGAAUUAUAGGAUAUGGUUUGCCACUUCCCAAGAAUCCUGACCAGCGUGGAGACUUAAUUAUAGAGUUUGAAGUAAUUUUCCCAGACAACAUUUCUCCAGCGUCAAAAGAAGUACUUAGGCGAAAUCUUCCAGUUUCAUAAAAUGGGAGACUGUGUCUGUUAACAGAUUAAAAUAGGACACUGGAAAUGCAGAGGACUGGCGAGUCUGCUUUAAAAGUGCAAUCUGUAACACCUAGUGGAAUCUUUGGUUUUUUUUUUGUUUUGUGGGAUGGGUGGGGGGAAAAUACUGUAAUGCUGCAUGAGAAGAAAAGGGUUUAAGUAGAAGUCAUACAGGUGAAUUCUGCAGUACAAAUUACAGGGAAAACCACUCAUUUUGUUUUACAUCUUCCUAAUCAGCAAUGUUUAGUCAUUAUUUUGCUUAAUAUAAUUGCAAUAAUUUUUUUACAAAGUCAGUGCAUAUUUCUGAUACAGUACUUGAGCCUCCAAGUACUUUAUUUCUUAUAUCCUCACUGUCUCUAUAACAUUAUGCAUUUAUACAGAAAUUUGAGAUCGUAGUAGAUAUACACAAAGGUAUAAAUAUUUUAAAGAGCACAUGAGAGAGAUCAUUUCAGUAUGUUGCCUUCCACUGCACAAAGCAUAGGCCAGAAAAAUCAUCUUGGACUCCUGACCAGCCCCCCUGUGCAGUGAAAGCCUUCUCUUCAUUGCCUCCAUAAUAGUCAGGACUGCAUUGUGAGUGUGGCAAAGGGCACAUGGCCUGAGGAGCCAGAGUAGCCAUUUACUGUGGGGUAGUUCCUUAGCCUUCAGGCAGAAUAGCAAGAAGGGAUCUUCAAGGACAUGGGUGGCAAAGGGUGAGCCUGCUGUUGAAUGGGGCAGGGAAGCUGGUGACCGAUGACGUGGGCAAGGCUGAGGUACUCUGUGCUGCCUUUGCAUCAGUCACUACCAGUAAAACAAGCAUGCAGGAAUUCCAGGCCCCUGAGACUAGAGGGGAAAUCUGGAACCUUGGUGGUGGAGGAUUGGGUUAGGGUGCACUUUACCUGGAAUUCUGUGAGCCUGACAGAUUGCACCCAAGUGUUGAGGGAGCUGGCUAAUGCCAUUGCAGGGCCACUCUUGUUUACCUUUGAAUGGCCAGGGAUUAAGAGAUGUUCCAGUAGACUAGAAAAGAGAAAAUACUACUUUUCAAGAAAACCAAGAAUGAUGAUUUGGGAAUCUACAGGCCAAUCAGCUUCCGCUAAGCCCUUGGUGAUGUGAUGGAAAAGAAUCCUCCUGGAAAGCAUUUCUAAAAGGUGCUUGGGUAGUCAACAUAGAUGUAUGACAGGGAAAUCUUGCUUGACCAGUCUUACUGCCAUCUACAGUGAGCUUUGGGGAUGUUGGGAGAACAGUCUGUGUUGUUUACAUCAGUAGACAGACUGAUGAUGUACAGGUUAGAUAAAUGGAAAAAGUGAGAUGGAUUAAAAGCUGGCUGAAUGAGGGAGCACAGGGGGUUAAUUAGUGGCACAACGUCCACUCAACUCAGUAGUGGUGGAGGCAACUCCAAAGUGGUGUACCCUCUGGCUCAGUACUGGGGCCAAUACUAGUCAGCAUUGUUAAUGACCUGAAUUACAGGAUGGAGUUUACAAGCCAUAGAAACUGGGAGGAGUAGUUAGUGCCACCAGCUGAUGGUACUGCCUUUCAAAGGGGGCCUCAAAGGCUGAAGAACUGGACACAGGAUUCUCACAAAGUUCAGUAAGGGGGGAUGCUUCACUGGGGAGUAACUGAACCAGCAAACUGUCAGUAAACUGACUGUGAGCUGGCAAUGCAGCCUUGUGGCAACAGAGGCCAAAGCUUUGCUAGCAGGUGAGGGGAGAUGAUCCUUCCUUGUUACUCAGCACUGAUGAGGAUCCAUGUGGAGUACUGAUCUCCCUGGUACUGGUGGAGCAGCUCUAGCAUAGGACCAUGUAUGAGAGGCUGAGAGAGCUGGAACUUGCAGGCGUGGGGAAGAAAAGACUUGGGGGAGAUCUUGGCGCCUGGCAGGAGGUGAAGAUGGAGGAGCCAGGCUCUUCUCAGUAGCUUUCAGUGACAGGACUAAAUGGACACAAGUUAGUUAUGGGUUCCAUCUGAGCACAGGAAACAGCUUUUUACUGAGAGGAUGAUCAAACACUGGAACAGGUUUCUUAGAGGGUUUGAGGAGUUGAUGUCCCUGGAUACUCACAGCCUGACUGGACAUUGUGCAGGGCAGCCUGCUCCAGCUGACCAUGUGUGAUCAGGGCCGUUGGACUCCAUGAUGCCAGGAGGUUUCUUGUAAGCAAAAUUAUUCUUUGAACUUGGACUUGGCAUUUUUUGCUACAGGCCGUGUUCUGUAAAUGAGGCUUAGCCCAAAGAUGGUAGUACUCAUGUGACAACUCCCUAGGGAGCUGGUCUGUGCCAGGUUGGAAAGAUGCACAAAGAACCCUGUAAAAACAUUUGGCUAGGGCAGGUAUUUAAAGAUCAUGCUGAUCUCAAGUAUUCAUUAUUUUCAAAGGCCAAACUUUACUCCCAUGAAGAAAAAAAAAAGAGUAGGUCGUAUUUAAAGCAAAAUUUGUUUAAGAGUCAAUGUGGGAUAGGGGUUGCCCAGAAACUUUCAUAUGCUUGAAUUGAGUUGCUUUUUUAAAAUUCAAAUAUGUGUCAGUUGUCUUUAGAGUUCAAAGGUGCAUAGAGAGAUGGAGAGCCCUCUGUAAUAGUCUAGUUUUAUAAUACAGUAAUAGGGCUGGUUCCCUUGGUUGCAGCAUGGUAUUGGUGGAAGAAAUGCCUUGUGGGCAUGCUUUAUUACUUGAGUUUAAAACCAUAAUACAGUGCUUUAACAAUACUUUCAAAGGGUUUGGGGUUUGGGAUUUUUUUGUUGUUGUUUUUCAUAAGAAAAUAUUUCAAGAUUUGCUGUCAGCCUUUUGCCUGUGGACAUUUAGAGGUUACCUGCUCUGUUAGGUAGCCUAAGAAAUAUCAGUGUUGUAUAUGUGACUGCAGAAAAGUAAAUCAUAUGGAAGUUGGGAUUUAAUUUACAGUAAUUUUACAUGAGUGUAAGAAGAAUCCCAUUUCUUUUACUUAAAGGACUAGAAUUUCUGUGGGGUAUUGUUCAAGUCAAAUUUUCAACUGCAGAUCUCUUCAUGCAGUAUCAGUUAGUUGUAGUCCUAAAUCUACAGGAAGUAAACAAUAGCUGGAGCAGUAUUACAAAGAAAAAUAAUUGCUGCUUAGUGCUUCUGCAUAUUGUUAAUACUAUAUAUUGUUUGUUGAAAAAUUUCCAUUUCAGUAUGUUCCGUAUUGCAUUUCUUAUGUGGUUUUUAAGUAAAAAGUGUAAAGUUGGUUUUUAACUUUUCUCUUAUAUUUUGUUAUGAUGGCAAAUGCUACAAGCUACAUGACUUUAAAGCAUAUCAACCUAAAAUACUUAUUUGUCCGUUUAAAAGCUAAUGGAAUCAAGCAUUUUGUAAUCCAGGAUCUUGUAACCAUAUCCAACUUGUAAAAAAAAAAAAGUUACAGCAACUAGGUUUAUUUUUUUUGUAACCAUCUUCAGGUAAGAGGAGUAAUGUUAAAUUGAGGAGUUGCAGUAUCUUGUGUAUUUAGAGGUGUAUAUAUAUAUAUAUAUAUAUGUGUAUAGCAAACUAAACUUUUCCAACUGUUUUCAAUCUCAAAAUACAAAACUUAUAGAACUGGUAUGAAAUAAAUGCUUGUAUUUCUUUUCUUAUGGAGAGAUAAAAAAGUAUAUGUUUCAGAAACCAGCAUGUAGAAUUACUUCAAAAUAUGAGAUGAAGCAUUAAUAUCUAUCUAAUCCAGGAUUCACAAAAAAAUAUUUUUCUAAUCAAAAAUGUGCUUAAAAGCUAUGUUUUAAAACCCACUUGAUUAUUUAAUAAAGCUACUUGGGAGAAGGAAGCAAAUACUCGGUCAACUACUAUAUUUGUAACUACUGAAAUACAUGAAAAUAAAAUGGUCAUUCAUGAAA